UAUCGACUGCCGUGGGGUAUCGUCAUCGCAAUUGUUUUGAGGUGUCGAGAAGUCAAUUGAUAAAUUACCGUUUUUACCAUAAUACAAUUACAAUUAAUAUCUAAUCUAAUCAACCACCUUGAUAAUAUUAUUUGACUUGAUCUGUACAAUAUUAAGCACGCUCGAACGAUUGAUUGGACGUUGACUAGCAUUCUGGGCAUAACACCAUGGAAGAGCCGAAAAUGGCAAAGUCACCGGACCUGCCCACCACAUCAUCCGGAUCAUCCGGAUCCACUUCGACCGAGAACGUUGGCUACGACAAAAUAGCCUGGACCAGGGAUAUCACAGAGCCAUUGUCGGAGGAGUCAUCCACCAGUCAAUUGCGACCGCUGGGCACAUCGAUGUCAUCUGAUUCGGCGGCAGAAGCAGCGAAUACAUCCAACACAUCGUAUUCCUUUACCGGGAACUACCUUUCCGGCGGCAACAUUGCCGACCUAAAGUCUGGCGGCACCUCUUCGUCCGCUGGCCCCGAGAGUGCGUCGAAAUCCAACGAGAAGGAACAGAGCAACAAGGACCAGAACGAUGAAUCCCUUUACGAGUGCAAUAUAUGCCUGGACACGGCCAAGGAUGCGGUGGUCAGCAUGUGCGGACAUCUCUUCUGCUGGCCCUGCUUGCACCAGUGGCUCUUGACGCGACCCAAUCGCAAACUCUGCCCCGUAUGCAAAGCAGCUGUCGACAAGGAUAAAGUCAUACCGCUCUACGGAAGGAAUAGUACGCAUCAGGAAGAUCCUCGAAAUAAAGUUCCACCACGCCCUGCUGGUCACCGUACAGAACCAGAGCCUGUUCCUGGUUUUCCUGGAUUUGGAUUCGGAGACGGUUUUCACAUGUCCUUUGGUAUUGGCGCUUUUCCCUUUGGAUUUAUAACUUCAUCACUUAAUUUUGGCGAACCGCGUCCUGCUGCUGCUAAUCGUGGCACAACGCAAUACGAGGAUGAGCAAACCCUUUCUAAGCUGUUUUUGUAUCUGGCCUUUUUGUGUAUCGGAUGGCUGCUUUUUGCAUAGCAAGCUGCUGACGCAUAAAAACCACAAAGCGAUAACAAGAACGUAUAUUCAAAUGUGUAUGGAAUGCGUCCGAAGUAGUCAUAUAGCAGUAUCCUCCAGUUAAAGCAACAAUAUUCUUAAAAACGUUGGGUAAAAAUCGUUGGUGUGAUUAAUCAAAAUAAUUGGAAUACUUUUCGGAUUAAACUGUACUUCGAGCAUUUGUAAAAGCGUUAUUGACAUGUGAAAUCCGAAAAUAUUUCAUCAAUUUCGCGUGUCCCUAUGACCUUCAACAUACCAGAUUGAAAACUUAAAAUCAUUUCUUCGGUAUGUUCUCGGAUUGCAUUGAUUUAGUCAAAAAAAAGUAGUUGUCAAAAAAUGUAAAAAUA